AUGGGUGAGCGCAAAGCGGUGAUCAAGAAUGCCGACAUGCCAAACGAUAUGCAAGAUGAGGCGGUGCACGUAGCAGCCUAUGCAGUAGAUCAUUUUGAUAUGGAAAAGGAUAUUGCGGCACAUUUGAAAAAGGAAUUCGAUCGGAAGUAUUCACCAACUUGGCAUUGCAUUGUGGGAAAAAAUUUCGGAAGACAGUCUUUUUCUGGGGAGACAAAUGUGCUCUCCUCUCACGAUACCUGCCUUCGCAUCCUUUUCAGCUACGUCACCCACGAGACCCAAAAUUUCAUUUACUUCUACUUCCAAGACCGUGCUUUUCUGCUUUUCAAAUCCGGCUAA